UGCUUCAUUCCAGCCCCUUAUCUAGUAUUUUGUAAGCAGAGUUUGAUUGCAUGGGCUUCAGUUUGUACGAUUUAGAGUAAAUUAAUGCUCAGAAUGGUAAUAUCAUGGGUAAAUAGUACAAGAAAAUACAUUUGUACUAUUACAUAAAUUCAAAUUACCAAAAACCAAGAAUGAAAAUAUGAAAAGGGUUAAAUAUUUAAAACUUAAGGCAGCUGUGUGGUAAUCAGGCCUAAUGAAUUUAUCCUCUGCCCUAAACCACUUCAGAAAUUUAAGUUGGACUGGUUUUGUUAUACGAUAGCUAAUAAUUUACCAAUAUGAAUCAAGAUGAUGUUAUUGUCAUUUCUGAUGAUGAAACACCAACAAGCGGUCAAGUCAUGACAGCUUGUGAGAGAAAAAAGACAGGAAAAGAAGUGAUGAAAUCCCAAGGUGCAGUUAGAAAAAGAAGAACUGCUCGUUCUUCAAGUGCUUCUGAAGAAAGCUCUGAUAAUUCGCAAGCCUCGACGGUCGUGAACUGGAAGGUGAGUGAGAAGAGGCCGCAGAAGGCGAGACAAUCAAUAAUGUCCGGGAGGGAAUAUCUGAAAGCGAAAAAGCGCGAGCUGAAGGAAAACUUGGAAGAAACGACGCACAUGUUGACGGAGGUGUUCCUUCAAAGGCUCGUCACAAGACUUGAAGGGCUCAGGUGUAAGAUAGCGGAACAGCAAGAAAUCAUCAAGACAUUGAGAAAGAACAACAACAAGAUGAAGAGAGAUGUAAUGGAUUUCCAGUUGGAAGGGUGCGACGAAAACUGCAGUUCGAGCGAUGAAUCAUUAAGUCUGUUUUAAAAAUAUCUGAUCUACACUAGUCCAAUAAAUUUAAUACUUAAUUAUUAUUUGGAGAUCGUGAGAUGCGGUAUGGUGUUGUGGUCUCAUGAUCUCCAAAUAAUCACUAACUGUCACCACUCUCUCAUACUUAAUACUUUACAAUUGGGUACUUCUAGCUCCAAAUGAAAAAACAUUUCUAUCCAUCCAGCACUAAUAAAACAAAAAAGAUACUGUAUGUAUUAUGUAAUUGUUUAAAAUAUAUUCAACUGAGUUAAAUAAAGUUUUCAGAUUCCACUUAGUACAAGAUUAUUAACACACAAAUUUCACCUUACUUUUCAAUCAGCCAGAUAAUUAUUUUGCAACUUUGUGACCUAGCAAAAUUUAUGCACAUUUGCAAUCAUUGAUAGUUAGACCCAACAUUGAAGAUGGAAAAAUGAUGAAAAUAUCUCUGAAAAGACACCCUAGGAAGGGUAGGCAGGCCAAGAUGAUCGGUAAUAAUGAAAUUACAGGAAUUAAUUCACCCAUAUUUUCUACUGUUAUCAAAAUUUUAUGUAAUUUCUAUUAUAUCUUUAUUUUAUGUAGCUUAAACAAACAUUUUGUAAUGAAAGAAAUGCUGGUAAAAUGGAAUACAUGUACAAAUUUACAGAUAUUGAAAAGUCAAA